UGAGCUGUAGGAUGGUUGUGUGAGCUGUAGGAUGGUUGUGUGAGCUGCUGGAUUAUUGUGUGAGGGACACUCAUCCCUCAGGUUGGAGAAAAGGGAAAACCACUUGAAGACCCAAGGAAUUAUUGCAAUCUUUAAGCCUGGGAGAUUUUUUUGAAGAUUAUGCACUAGACAUGGGCAGAGGGCAACUGGUUAAGGGAGAGGAGCAUUCCCAGCCCUCCUGGCACAGGGAGGUGCAGUCAGAGCUCACAGCUGACCUGGGAAUGUCCCCAGGAAUCGCCUGGGGCAGAUGUUCCUCCACAUGUUCAAGUUCAGGGUGGAUCCUCCUGUGGCAGCUCCCGAGGCGGUUUCAGGGCCAGCUUUGAUCUCCGCAGGGACGCAGUGGACGCGGUGACCCCCGGAGUGGCCCUGAUGUGUCCCUGCCCUCCUGCUCCAGCCACCUCUGUCCAGCCAGCCUGGGGCAGGGGCCGUGUCCCUCCAGCAGCCUCAUAGCAAAGAAGUUUCUGUAAUUUUACCGCCCCAACAGGAGUUAUUUUUACAGUAAAUCCUUCCAAAAUAGAAGCCAGCAACACCCAUGGGCGUCAACCCAGCCCUGGGGCUGCAGGACUGGUUGGGGGACGUGGCUGGGGACAGGACAUGGCUGGGAGUGACAAACCCCUCUUGACACUGUGCCAGCAGCUCCAGGGACCCUCGGUGAGGGCUGGGACCCUCAAACCUGGCUGAGAGGGGGGUGCAACCCUGCUCCCACCCAGCCACCCUUCCCUUUUCCCGGGAUAAACCCUCAGAUAAAGUUUGUGCUCACAGCUCCUCCAGGUUGUCAUCUCAGAGCCUCGGGAAGGACUUGAUUCCUUUGGUCUUGGUCCCCUUCGUGGCACGUCCUUGACAGCAUUUUGGAGUGUGAUCAGGGGAAAAGCUGUAAAAAAGGGAAUGGGAUUGGCUGUGAUCCAGGGAAAAAGGAGAAGUACAGGGGAUGCACCUUCCAGAGGCUGAGCCCAUCACUGGGGUCUGUUCUGCACCCCAGCUGCCCUAUAAAAUAACCCCUGAGCAGCUCUACAGGUUUUCCCCUCACCAGCAGCACCUUAAUCCCCCUCAGGAGCACAGAAACUCCCAAACCAGAGGCUUUAAUUCCUUCUGGGUUCACUUUUGGUUCAGCCGAACCCAGAGCUCAGAGUGACCCAUUACGAGAAGUAGGAAACAACCCCAGAGCAAAACCAGGCAGAAGGAAAGGAGCCUGACAAAACAGAGUUGAGAAACUGCCCCCGUCACACCCCGUGUGCGGAGCAACAUCCCCACCCCGCACAGAUAAAGUGCCGAGCGCUGCCCGGCCCCUGCCCCAGCCCCGCGAGCACCUUCCUGGCCGAAUCCUCCCAUCCCCGAGCCAAAUCCCACUGGCCAAGGGGGAGGAGAGCAGCUCGGCACAGCCACGGUAGGAUUUGGGAGGGGAAAAAAUUAGAUUUAGGAGGGAAAAUUCACUGCGUUGAGUUCAAACGGCGAUAGCGGAUUGCUGUGGGCAGCCCCGAGGGAAUUUCAGGAGCAGGGAUCGAUUUUGUAUCAGAGGAUCCUCCAGAGGGGUGUGGAGGGGUAGGGAAAACCUGCUGGGCUCCCCCACUGCCUUACACUGCAUUUCUCCCAGUCUGUGCUGGUGAGGAGUGGGGAUGGAGGGGGGCUCUGUCCCUGCAGGACAAUUGUGGAGUUUCGUUUAAUAACGGGUGGGAAAAGUCCUGUUUUUCUGUUAUGUCGGAUUUAAAAUCUCUCCCGUGGUCGCUGGGGGUCUGUGCAGCGUCACGGAGAUGGGGUGGGCACGGUGAGACCCCUGACCCCACAGCUCCAGCCCUAGUGCUGGGUGACAAAAUCAGCCCCAGGACCUCCAGUGCUGUCCCCAAGCUCUGACCCCGAGUGUGGAACAGCUCCAGCCCCAGUGUCGGGUUGCAGAAUCAGCCCCAGACCUCCAGCAAUUCCAAGUGUGGGACACGGCUCUCCGGAUCUGCUCCAAGGACGAACCCCCGGCACCAGCAGCAUGGUGUGGGCAGCCCCAGCCCUGGCAGCCGUCACCCUCUGCCUCCGUGUCUCCACGGACCCGGUGAAAGCCACAGCGGCUGCCCUGAUUAUUGGAGCCGUCCUGUCCAACGCUGAGCAUCCCCACCUCGGGGCGCUGGUGUGUGACCUGGAGCCGGGCACCAUCCUGGCCUCGGAUCCCAACAUCCUGGACAAGCUGAAGCUCUGCCCGGCGCUGACAGGGGCACAGCAGGAUGCCCUCAAUGCCCUGCUCCUCUCGGGGGACACAGCGUACGGGGAUCCUUCAAGCUGGGACCUACAGACUCUGCAAGAUUUGGGGCCGCUCGUGCUGGCGCUGGACCAGACCACGCUGAGUUUGGUGGCCGAGGCAGCACGGGAGGAUUUCAGGAGGAGCAUCGCGGCUGCCUACAUCAGCCAGGGACAUUCCCAGCGGGAGAAAUCCCUGAUCCUCCUCAGGGCGCUUGCAGCAGCAUCAGCUGCCUCCCAGCCCAGGCUGCAGCGCAGCGCGGACCGCUGCCCGUACGGGCCCAUCACCGCCAGAAACAUCGAUGACAUCAUCCUCUACCUCUCCCCUGACCAGCUUGACCAGCUUGACCAGUGCCUGAGCAAUGAUGUGCUAAUAGAAAACCUGGAGGCUGUGCUGGAACUGCCAAUCACCACAGACGCUUCCCGGGUCCUGAAAAAAAAGGUGGAUGAGUUUUUCCAGGGGUCAGGGAUCCCGGAGCAGCAGCUGAGGCGCCUGGGGGUGCUGUCCCGCCUGUACACGGAGGAGGAGAUCAGCCAGUGGUCGGUGACAUCCAGUGACACCCUCUCAGCCCUGCUCAGCUCCUCGGGAGGAGAGUGGAAUGAUUCCCAGGUGCAGCAGCUGCUCAGCAGGUACCUGGCCCUGGGGGGCUCCUUGACGGGGCCCCUGCUCCAGGAAAUCGGAGGCAAGCACCUGUGCAACCUGCAGGAGGAGCAGAUCCAGCAGAUCCCUGCUGGAGCCAUCAGGACUGCUGGGCAGUUGAACAUCUCUUCAUGCUCCCAAACCAAGAAGGAUCAGCUCUAUGGGAAGGCCCAGGAGGCCUUUGCCAGCCUGGCCAGCACCCCCAGCCACUAUUACUGCCAGAUCCAGCCAUACCUGGGUGGAGCUCCGGCAGAGGAUCUGAAGGACUUGGCUAAUGCUGGCGUGGCCAUAAACAUGGAUCUGAGCACCUUCCUCGCCCUAAAUCCUGAGGAAUUGCAGAAACUCAGCGUCACCGACGUGAAACGUUUGCUGGGGGAAAACCUCCGAGAGCUGAGGAAGGCCGAGCACGAGCCCUCGGUGGAUCGGGAUGCAGGCUCUGCUCCUGGCUCGCUCUCCUGCUGGCAGCCACCACGGGGAACGUUCUGCUGGGGGGGCUGCUCUGAGCACGCCCCUCCCUCCAUCCCCCUGGGACUGCGCUGGGCAAUUCCCUGCUGGACAGCAGAACCCCAGGCAAGGGAAGAGAAUUCGUCCACGUUCGAUGCCAGCACAGGAUUUGGUUCUUUCUGA